UUUACCUCAUAGGUUGGUAGACAUUCUAAAGGGCUUGGUUCUGAUAGUCUUAAUGCAGUAAUUUUAUAUGGAAUUUUAACUGGAAAAUGUUCGUGUUGGAUUGAAUACAUGUAAGAGUUUUUUGAGAAGUAGAGGAAGACAGACAUAAGUGGCACUGUGGAUAUGCCUCACAGACAAAAUGGGGACACCGAAUUGAUCAACGACAUACGCCAAGCUAAACAUGAUAUAAGCCUUGAACCAGAAGGAGCAGCCAGCAUUCUUAGAUCGGUGCAAGCCCAGGAAGCACAGUUUGAAGAACUUACCAGACAGUUAGAAUUUGAGAAAAAGAGGGUUGCUGACCAAUUGGAACAGAGUGCAUAUGUGGAUGAUUCCAGUUUAAGAAGCAUUAGUGAAUCAAAUGACUCAUUUUCCUGGAGACGUUCUGGUCAGGACGAAUCACAUUUAGGCGACGAGACUGAGACCGAACUUAGUGCUCAUUUACUGGAUUCAUGCUUGCGGGAAUUAGAGGAGAAACAGCUUAUGGAUCCAAAUGAUCACAUGACAAGCUUUCAGUAUCCGAACCCUGGCAUGGAUAAUUCUCACUUUUCUAAUGGACAAGACUCAGAUUAUAUGAGAGAUAAUUACAUGGCAAUGAAUGGAAGUGAUGAUUAUGCGCGAGUACCUGAAGGGCAAAUGGGAUCUGUUCAGAGACACAAUCGAGAUUUUGAUGGCCAUCAUGGCUCCACAGGUUCAUUACCACGCAGCAUAGAUGAUUACACAGCCUCACCAGCACACCACCCACACAUGGACGACUACCAUCACCCUUACGAUAGAGAAGAUUACGGCUCACGAGGGGACUAUGAACCCCAUCGCGACUAUGAGCCCCAGCCAGACUACCGCAACCCACCUCCUGAUGGCUACAUUGAUGAUCGAUAUGGCCGCCAUUCACCAGACUACGUCUCUGGCUCUCAGUUACAACAUCCUGGUUAUUCGUACAAUGGACCACCAUCGCCAGUUGGUAGCGAUCGGUUCCGACAGCCGCCAGGAAGAUACGGUGACGAUGGAUAUAUGCCUGAAGAACAGUACGGCAGACCAGGGGAAGGAUACCGAGCACCAUCGCCCCAAAAUAGUGAGCGAUACAAUGAACGGUAUGUUGGUACUCCUCCGGGAAGUUACAGCCAUGCUCCACAAUUUGACGAUCAAUACCGAGAUUCUCCAACUCUUCCUCGUAAUGGCAAUUAUCGACAUUAUGAUACCUAUGGUCCUUAUCCCGCCCCACAUUCUGCCGCCGUUGACCAAAUAUGGGACAUGUUACCGGAUGAGGACCCCUAUCAGAGUGGAGCCUACGACCCAGACACCAUGGAUUCAGCCCCUUUAGCAAGUAUGGACCCGAGAGACAGUCAAGACAACCUGGUCUUCCCACAUUCAGAGAAAGGUCUGCGGGCGCCAGAUUUACAAGAAGUCAUUGAAUAUCUGGGUCAUUCUAAUCAAGCCAUCGUAGCCAACGCUGCAGCUUAUCUACAGCAUCUUACAUAUGGAGACGAUGGCCUCAAGAACAAAACAAGGGGUUUGGGUGGAAUUCCAGCCCUCGUCAAUCUUAUCACACAUGACAACCAAGAAAUCAGUAGAAGUGUAUGUGGUGCUCUCAGAAACAUCUCGUACGGCAAAGCAAACAAAGAUAACAAAAUAGCUAUCAAGAAUGCUAAUGGGAUACCCAACCUGGUUCGCCAAAUGAGAAACACAGAGGAUCCAGAGAUUCUGGAAAUGGUGACAGGAACAUUAUGGAACUUGUCGUCUACAGAUGUCUUGAAGAAGCCGAUAAUUGAUGACGGAUUAACUGUUCUUACUAAACGUAUCGUAAUACCGCACUCUGGCUGGAAAGGUAAUGUGAGAGAUGUUCGGAGUAUGGAUGCUCAGUGGAGUACAAUAUUCAAAAACACAUCUGGAUGCUUGAGGAACGUAAGUUCGGCAGAUACUGACACAAGGAAAAAGAUGAGAGAAUGCGAGGGAUUUGUGGACUCUUUCUAUUACGUCUUGUUAGUAGCAACUCAAAGUAACGAGAUGGAUAAUAAGGUUGUUGAAAAUGCAGCUUGUAUCCUACGGAAUCUAUCCUUUAGGAUAGCGUACGAGGCCAACCAUCCGGAUGCCCUUCCCGACAAAACACUGAAGAAAGACGGAACAAUGAAGAAACCAGCUCCUAAAGAUGCCAAGAAAGCUGGUUGCUUUCCAUCUACCAAGAAAAACUCAAAAGAUGGAGGAAAAACAGGAACAUUAACUAAAUCUGGUACACUCAGUAAGCAGUCACAUGAUCAAUAUCUGGAGUUUCCUGAAAGGAAAACACCAGCCAAAGGUGCAGAGUUACUAUGGCAACCUGAGGUGAUCAAGCCAUACCUGUUGAUACUGUCCAACUGUUCUAAUCCUGUCACACUCGAGGCUUCUGCCGGAACUCUUCAAAAUAUAUCAGCCGGAGAAUGGAGGUGGGCUGGUUACAUUCGUGCAUCCGUACGCAAAGAAAAAGGUCUUCCAGUACUUGUAGAAUUAUUGAGAAUGGAUAAAGAACGAGUGGUAAAAGCAGUUGCCUUAGCACUGCGAAACUUGUCAAUGGAUCCAAGGAAUAAGGAACUUAUUGGUAAAUAUGCUAUGCGUGACUUGGUGUCUCGGCUUCCCGGAGGCGGUGUUAAUGACACAAAAUUGUCUGAUGAGAGUACACUGGCUAUUCUUACGGCCCUCCAGGAAGUCAUUUCAAAGAAUAUGGAGAAUGCAAAAUCAUUACGUGAUGCAAGCGGUAUUGAGCGUUUGGUAACAAUUUCAAAAUCCAAAAAAUACCCAGCAAACGUAGUGAAGGCUGCCAAUCAGGUGCUGUUUACCAUGUGGGGCUUCCGAGACUUGCGGGCGCUUUACAAGAAAGAUGGCUGGGAAGAAACCGUGUUUAAUCCCAUGGGACUGAAAACAGGAACUCUACCAAAGUCGGCCACGGGUCCCAAGACCCAAGCAGCAAGGCAAGCAUCUGCUCCAGUAGGUGCCAGACCUGAUGAACCAACAUCAACAACAAAUCCCAACUAUAGUGAUUCAACAAUUGGAUCUAAAUAUGGUGGCCCACCCACCGAUGAGGGACCACCGCCGAUUGGCCAAGAUGAUCAUAGAGGUAGAGUCAUUGACGUCUUCGACCCAGCUUAUGCUUCGGCCGAGGAGGUGCAAAACUAUGCCAAGGAGCACCACCGUUACCCCUCAGGAGAUGAGCAUAUAGGCAUGCAGGAUUUGAAUUACUCUAGUGUUGACAACAACUCAUUCAAACAACCUGCAGGUUCUGUUCCAAUGUACGGAAUGACACGGGAGAACAUGACGCCUACGUCACCAAAUCGUGAGCCAGUGUAUGCAAAAGUUGAUAAGGAGAAGAAGAACAGGUACCGACAGAGUUUGACAGACAACUACGACAACACACCGGAGUCACAGCAUGCUACAAGCAUACAGCUUAAUGGACCAGGAGAUGAUCCUAAUAUUGAUUCAUGGGUCUAAACACUAUAAGCAAAAGAAGAAACACAAACAGUCUUGGAAUCUUGUCAAUAUUUUUGUUGACUACUGUCAUUGGAAGCUGGAAUUUAUGGCACAUACUCAUAAAGUUCGAAUUUAGACAGUCAAGCAAGCUGGGUGUUGUGUGGAAAAGAAUUGAAAAUGAACAGAGAUCUAAUAACAUGAAAAAAAUUAAAUGAGGAUAUAAGGCAAGAAAACAGGUGCGCAAGAUAAAAAUGAUAACUUUACAUUUAAUGAUUGAUCUUCAAUUUAGAGAGAUUGGACUCAAAUAAACUGUGAUUGCAUUUGAAGAUAAUGGAUUAGAUGAUCAUUAGUUGCGAUGGAUUUGACACCUGAUUGGAUUAGUCGUAAAUGAAUUUUCAUGAUUGUAUUACGAUUGUGUUUGAAAUCAGUAAUGAUAAAGCAGAUUUACACGGACAAUAAACUGAUUGUGUUGAAUCAUUGAUUGCUGCAGUUUUAGAUUUUCAUGGGGAAAAAAAAUCAAUUGAUAAUGAAUCGUUGAUUGCUGCAAAUUCUCAAAGUGAUACAUGGAAUUCGAAGAUAAUAAAGACUAAAGAUUAAAGAGAUGGAUAUGCGUUGCACAGGCAAAGAAUUAAUGUAAUCAUGUUUGUAGAAUCGUACAUAAAAGGUGAUAGCUCUAUAACUGAUCAAAAUGAGUGACACUGAAAAUUACCAGAAAAUUGUAGAUUCAAAACUUGAUGGAAAAACAGAGCACUGUCAAAGAAAACAGGCAAUUAUAAACACUGAUCAAUGAAUAAUUGCAAAAAUUGUAUGCUUGAUUCUAAUAAAGUAAAUAGCUUCAUAAAGACUUUAUAAAAAGGGAUAAUUAUCUAUAAAAAAAAAACAUUUGAAUUUAAUGAAACUGGUUGUAGCACCAAGUCAGUUUGAACUGGUAGCAUUGACUUUAGCUUGGCAGACAGGAUGUACUGUAUUCUAAUUGUUGUCAACAUUCAACCUAUUCAUUUGGAACCUCUGUACAUGGAUUUUACUAUUUGUAGAAUUGUGUAAAAUUAAUGGUUUGCUUUAGUAUAAUAUCAUGAUAUUCAUUGGCUGAUAAGCAUGGUUUUAUCAAGCAAUAUGUUACACUCCCUCCCUUAAUGUGCCUUUAUUUCCCAGUGAAAGAAUGUAAAAUCAUAUUGCUUCAAAGUGUAAUUGUAGAUAAUGACACCAAAUAUAUAUAUAAAAAUUUAAUCCCAGCAAAAAUUAUAUCAUUCCCCAGUUACCUGUCAAUUUUAAAAUGUUUAAGUAAUUGUAAAUCAGUUAUUGCUGGACGAUGCACUGUAGGAACAAACGUGGUGAUGGGUUGUCAUAAGAAAAAAAGAAUAUGACAGACGUUUUUUUCAAAUCUGGUUGAUCUUUUAAGAGAAUUCACUGGUUGUUCUGCGAUGCUAUAAUUCAAUUAAUACUGUGUAAAUUAUGGUUGUGAAUAUCAAGUCCUUGUGCAUUGAUGUGAGCUGCAGCUGUACUACGUGUUCAUUGUUAAGUAAAAGGCACAUUUUUUAAGAGCAGAUUAGCUGUAUGCACAUUAUCAACCAAGUUUAGAUGCACCUAAAAUCAUUUCAACUGUAGUAUGCUAUAAUAGGUCACAUGAUUGUUCUUCUAAGAAGUAAACCAUUGCUUAAUGUCACAGUUAACCUUUGAGUGAAUUUUAAUAUUCAGUCAACACAUGUGCUCAGAAGUAAGUGUAUAAUAAUCAUAAUAAAGUUAGAAUGUGAACAAACCAGGUAUGAAUUCCAGGUGGAUAAUCGGAUAUGCAUUCCAGGUGAAUACAUCAGGUGUGCAAUCCAAGUGUGCAUUCCAGGUGGAUACAUCAUGGUGUGCAUUCUGGUGGAUACUGUAGGUGUGCACAUUAGUUAUGAAUUCCAGGUGGAUAUAUCAGGUAUGUAUUCCUGGUGGAUACAUCAGGUAUUCAUUCCUGGUGGAUACAUCAGAUAGGAAUUCCAAGUGGAUAUAGAAGAUGCAUUCCUAGUGGUUAUAUCAGGUGUGCGUUGCUCUUGGAUAGACCAGAUGCAUUUCAGGCAGAUAUUUCAGCUUUUAAACAGCAAGUUGCAAUUCAGUGGUUACACCAGAUAGGAUUCGCCUGUUUCACGUAUAUGAAGUAAUGUUGAUGUGAUUUUUAAUAAUGCUGUAGAACCAAUAAUAUCUGCGUAAUAUCAGGUAUACAUGAGAAAAUGUUGUCAAUUUCUGUUCCUGCGGAUGUGCAGUGUUCCUGACAAAAUUAGCUGUGAUAUUUCUACAUCUAAUCAAACAUUAUUUCUAAAGUACUGUAAUCUGCAUACAAUUAAUGGAGAUAAGUAUCAUAAUUAAGUAUUAAAUUUUAAUUAAGAAGUAUUUAUACUUGUGGUAUCAAUGCCAGACAAGACAGUAGUUUUAGUGCGAGUUUCGACUUUAUUCCUUGUGUAUAUUGCUUUUUUUAAUUUGAUUUUAUUUUUAUGAAGUUUUAUGCAAAUUGAAUCUUCGUUACUUUUUAAUUUUGCAUUUUUUGUGAAUCACUUUUGUAAAUAUGGAGAUUUUAUUACUAUUUUUCACUAACAUUUUGAUGGAAAUAAUUUUAAACCUGUUUAUGUGAGGAUUUAUUGUUUUCUUUAUUUUUGUCCUUAAAUUGUUUGAUAAUUUGUUAUUCUUGCAUGUCAUUAAAUUUGAUUUAUUUGCUUGUAGUUAUACUGAGUAAACAAAACGUUACUUUUGCUUAAUUUAUGCUAUAAGGUUGGCUUUUACAUUUUAGUUUCUAACCCAUAAGAUGCAAUAAUUCAAUGUAUUGAGAAUAAGGUUAUUUUAAUUAUACAACCCUUGUAAAAUUCAGUAGUUCAGAGACUGAAAUUUCAAUUGAAGGUGGGACUUACUAAUAAUUUACCAUUAUAUAUAUUUUAGCAUAAAACUACAUGUAUGUUUAACACAAAAAAAGGUUUGAUAGUCCAGAUAUUCUGUUAAUUUCACAUGAAUAAUCUCAUGUAAUAUUGUCCAUCUAACAACAUACCAAAUUCUAGUUGAACAAACUGCAUUCCAUGACAGAAUUCAAAAGAAUGAAUGAGUUUUUCUGUAAAAAAGAACAACAUUCUUAAUAGCCUUUUCUAAUUUCAUAGUAAAAUGUAUUUUAGUGGUCAGUGAUGUAUUGAUUGUACAUGUAGGUGGAUUGAAAGGGAUUGUGCAUUGUAAUGUUGAAUGUAGCUUUUCAUGUUCCUAUCCAAUAAUGGGUCUUUGGUAACUUAACAAUGAUCAAUGAUUUCUAGUCCUGGCAACAUUUCUUUGAGAAUACAUUUUAAACCUUGCUAAUAAAACUUACUGGCAGGAUGAAA